AUGGCGAAAGUAUCGGUGGCUGUGGUGUUGUCGGUGAUGCUACUUAUCUCGUUAUUCUCAGUGUCAGUGGUGGUUUUUGCCGAGGGCGAGGAACAGCCGGUGACGGUUGGGCAGAGAGUAGACUCCGCCGUGACAGGCGUCACCAAUGCAUUCAAUGAACACGGCGGCCCCAAUGCCGUCGACACCGUAUCUUCCACCUUCAAGUCCGUUUACGGAUGGUUCGGUGCUAAAGCCAAACUUCUGAGAGAUAGCGGUCCCGAAUCUCGGCUUCGCACGCACGACUCACCCGGCACGUGCCGCGUUUGCUGA